AAUGGAAAUCUUGUUAAUGCAGAAGAAUUAAAGGAUUCACUGGACGUUAAGGCACACCGUCAUAUCAACACUGACUCUGAUUCUGAGUUACUCUUGAACAUAUUCGCUGACAAUUUACAGCAAACCGGUAAAUUCAGAAUUUACGAAGAAGAUAUCUUCACGGCUAUAAAAGGCCUUUAUGAACAAUGUAUAGGUGGUUAUGCGUGUGUGGCUAUGAUUGCAGGUUUCGGUAUUAUUGGGUUCCGGGAUCCACACGGAAUCAGACCAAUAUGUUAUGGAAUUCGACGAAGCCACGAUGGCUUUGAUUUUAUGUUUGCAUCGGAGGGUGUCGUGUUGGAUGCUUUAGGUUUCACUGAAAUUAAAGAUAUAAAUCCUGGUGAAGCUGUCAUCGUCACAAGGCAAGCUAUAACAAAACGUAAACUAGUUCAUUGGGGAGAACCCACGCCGUGUAUAUUUGAAUAUGUAUACUUUGCUCGCCCUGAUUCAGUCAUCGACGGAAUUUCCGUAUAUCGCUCGAGAUUGGAAAUGGGUGAGCAUUUAGCCAACCAAGUUGUGAAAGAAUGCGGCAAAAACUUGGACAUUGAUGUCGUAAUUCCAGUUCCUGAUACAAGUCGUGUAGCUGCUCUUCAAGUGUCACAUAGAUUGAAGAUUGCGUAUCGUGAAGGAUUCAUAAAAAAUCGUUAUGUGGGCCGUACAUUCAUAAUGCCCGGACAGCAAAUGCGCCGAAAGAGUGUUCGACGAAAAUUGAAUGCCAUGGCUUUAGAGUUUGCUGAUAAAAAUGUUUUAAUAGUUGACGAUUCAAUCGUUAGAGGUACAACUUCCAAAGAGAUUGUCCAAAUGGCACGCGAUGCCGGCGCAAAGAAAGUAUACUUCGCUUCGUGUGCGCCUCCGGUUAGAUAUCCUAAUGUGUAUGGUAUAGAUAUGCCAUCUCGACGGGAGCUUGUGGCAUUUAAUCGUGACAAUGAUUCGAUUGCCAAAGAGAUAGGUGCAGAUAUGGUAAUAUAUCAGGACCUCGAUGAUUUGAUUGCUUCUUGUCAAAAGUUCAACCCGAAUAUUACAAAAUUUGAUUGUUCCGUAUUUAACGGCCAUUAUGUUACCGGCGGAGUUACAGAUGAAUACUUGGAUCGCUUAGAAAAAACUCGCAGUGAUUUGGCAAAGUCAUCCAGGGAAAACCUUCACUCUCCCGAUACCAUCGGCCUACAUAACUUUCUCCAAAAAUCGUAUUUUGAACGAAAUGGUUGGAAUGGUGUUAAUGGUGUUAAUGGAGCAAAUUAA